CUCAGCACCAACAACACCAUCUCCGUUUCGUCCGGCCGUCUCUGAGACCUCGACCUCUCACCCAAUGGGACAGUAGACGGCUGUGAGCUUCGUGGCAGUCAUUGAUGCUUCGACAUGACGUCUCAAGAAGCAAUGGUAGCCGGCCCGGCGGCAGCAGCAACCGGUCCAUCAACGAUGUCAUCGCCUGCUCCCAACCUCUCCAUCCACGGACCCGCCCUAUCCGGUUGGCAAUUCCACCAGUCUCACGGCCAAGUCACCGUCGUCUUCUACGUAGCCCUGUCCGCGAGAGAUGAAGACCUUGACGUCCUCAUCGCUUCAGAUCACGUCGUUGCUGGAAUUCGAGGCUACCCGCCAGUCCUCAAGGCCAGUCUGUAUGCCCGCAUCGAUCCAUCCGCGUCGUCUUGGCAGCUUGAGCGCAACCAGCGAUCCACGUCGAGACGGGCACAUCGCUCAGGCAGUCGAUCGCGCAGGCAGACAAGUGGUAGUGGGCAUGACGAUACGAGCUCUAGUGAGGGUCGCGACCCAACCUCUGUUGCUUCAUCUUCAUCCUCGAUGUCGCCGCCGCAGACCCGCCAGAGGACAGGCCAGAACAGCAGCAGUGGCACCGCAAGUACAGGCACACAAGCCCGUUCCACAGCUGGCUCGUCUACGGGUCGCUCAGCUUCGCGGUCCGGCUCAACAAGCAGCUACGAGCUACUAGGCAAUAGCCGGGCGUCGUUGCCGCCGAGACCGCCUUCUCCUACCCCCAGCACCGGCAGCGGCGUUAUCAUCGACGAUGCUCAGAGCCACGACAGAAGUGAGCCAGCUUCAUCAGCUGCAGGAGUCACCGAUAGCACUGUUGCCCCAGCUUCAGGCCCAGCCUCGAGCCCUUCCUCACCGUCAUCACCUCGCUCCCCUCACUCAGUCGCCAGCAGGAUUUCAACAGGCCCGUCUACGUCCUCAUCAGACCCCGAGGAAAUCUUUGCUCCCCUCAGCCUGGAGGGCAGCGUGCAUUUCGGCACGGCUGCCUCGUCUGGGAGCGGAAGGCCGAGCAGUCAUGAUGGCGAUGAUGAUGCGAUGCAUGCUAGACUGGUCACAGUGCACUUGACGAAGGCAUGUGGCCCAGCCUCAUCUCAGGCCCUGCUCCCUUAUCCCCAGAGCAUGCUCGCGGCAGCGUCGCGAUACCCUCGGCCAACGCGGGUGGCAGCGAAAGGCGACGAUCCUCUGACUCAAGUGAAGAAGGCGCGAUGUUUGGCAGCUCGCCCAGAUCUGCCAUCUCGUCAUCACUGGACAGCGAUACGGGCGCCGGAGGUAGCUGGCAGCGUCGAGGACGCUCUGGUACACGGAUGUCAGCUGCAGAGAGCACUCUCAGCUUGCACAGCGAUGAUUCGCAUACCGUGUUGGGCUACGGGACCUCUCCAAGAUCCAUGACCACCGCGACUGAUCAGCAGCGCGCCCGCAGAGGAGCUGGCGGUCAAGAUGAGGAAUCGGAGGGCGAAGCUGCCAGCACUCAAGAAGAGGAC